AUGUCACGGCCGCUCGUCAGCACCAAUCUCGCCACCUGCUGCUCAGUCCUGUCCCUGUUCGGCUUCUUGAUCCUCGGCGCAAUCGGGACGGCGUUCAACGCGGGUGUUGAGGUUUUGCUACGAUCGGAAGAGUCGCCAGAGGAUGGACAUGCAGUCGCAGUGAACUGCUGGUUCGCAUCGCUCGUCUACCUCGCCUUCGCGAUCUUCUGCACGUGUCAGAUUGGUGCGAACCGACGAUACCAGCGUGGAGCGGUGCGGUUGUAG